ACUAGAAUCUUCUGUGAUGUCACCUGUGUUGUGGUAACAGCAACUGCCUGUGGGAUAUCAUUCAGUGCCUGUUGUAUUCACAAACAGACAUGUUUUCAAGGCUGCGGAGGCUAUUUCGAAUGGAGAAUCGUGAUCAAGGAGACACUGGACCAAGUCAGAAGGAAUCCAGCAACCUGUCUCAUAGAACAGGAAGAAUGAAUUCUUUUUGGCGAAGGCACAGGCCUGGUAGGAAAAUACCACCCCAAAAUUCAAGCAUAACUAAUCAGAUGAAGCAAAAGAAUAAAUUAGAAGCAUUGGAUUUUGAUAUCAGGAAGAUGCGGUUUGAGAAGGAAGAACUUUGUCGAAUCCUGGAUCUUUACAACUAUAAUAAUUUGAACUACAGGAUGAAUGUUGAAUUCGACAUCAUUAAAUCACAACACGAGAAGACAAGGAUGGAUAUGGAAAAAAUGAAGCAGUCAAUAAUUGAUGCCAUAGAGAAGUACAAGGAGGUGAUAGAAGAUAAGUAUUCCUACAGCACCAGGCACUACCUCGUCCUGAAUGCAUGUUCACAACAGAAGGAGAAUGUAAGGAUAUUGCUGCAUGAGAACAAUAAGCUGCUGGUGGAGCAGGCUGAACCACAAGCCUACUUUGGGGAAGAAAAGAGGUUCUGUGAGGAGGCCAGUAAGACCAUCGAUUUCCCAUGUGCCAAGGAGCAGCAGGUAUGA